CCGGUGGCGGGGGCAGCCUAGCAGAUGGCAUAGCUUUCGAGGAAUAAGUAGUUCCAUUUGAGAUAAUAUUAUUGCUCUUGUUGGACAGCCGCUGUCUAGUAUGCGUAUCAGAUCGGAUGUUCUAGGCGGGACUAUUUCUAUCUAGACAAGAGCUAAGUACUGCCAGUUUCGUGUCUCUCUUCGCCAGCUUUUAUCCUCAUUCAACAGCAGAUGUCAGUUUGUAUCCUCGUUCAAGAAGAGUAGAGUCAUGAUUACAGGAGCACAAAAUUUUUAAUAUGAGUGUUCAAGAUGAAGAAUAAUAUCUAUCAACUUCUAACAGCAGAAGCACUACAAUUAUGUGUAUCAUCUAUGUCUACUAUAGCUGGUGUCGUAAUUAGCUACGACGCAUUCAUCCAAUUGCAAUUACAAUUUUCAACUCAGAAGUAGUACAGGAAUUACAGCGUGAAUUACUAUGUUCGAUGUAGCACGACAGUUGCAAUCUCGACAAGAAGGAGCACCUGUGUGUACCACAGUGACAAGCAGAAAAAACACCUUAGCUUGUACACGUGAAAAGUAGUAACAGAAUUUUCAACUUUCAGCAUCACAGAAUUUGCCCGAAAAAGCACAUGAGCAAAGGAGGUAUAAGUUGUUAUAGGACCACUACAAUGGUAAGCAGACUGUCACGGUUGUUGGUUUUUUUGAAGUCAGUGUCUACAAUCACGUAGAGGAGCAAACUAUUACUAAGAUUACAACGAGACAACAAGAAAGCAAGGCUGUACAACUACAACGACGUUAGAUUUUGCUGAUCAUUCAGUGUUAAAAGUGUUACGUUCUUCACAACCGGAACGAGGCAACGAACAGGAAGACCCAAUAUUAAAUCGUGGCGAG